AUGGGUACCUUGGAUCUUUUUGCACCUGUCAUCGCCUCCCCAAUUUCUGUUCUAGGCCUCUGUACUCUGCCGAUAUCACUAGGAAGUGUUGCCCAGAAGCCUAGAGCUCCCUGUGCUCGGUGCCCACGGCAUGCCCAUUGCAUCAAUGCCACUGCCUGCAUCUGUGAUCUUGGAUUCGCCACUCUAUCAGGAAAGAACAUCUUUAGCAGCUCCUUGGAGAUCUGCUCAGAUGUGGAUGAGUGCACUUCCGGACAACACCGAUGCCACAAGUCCACCUACUGCCUUAACAAGAGGGGCAGCUACGAAUGCCACUGUCUGCAGGGCUGGGUGGCCAAGAGUCUCUCCCACUUCUUUGGCAAAGUCCAGAAAUUAUCCCGAGACUUCACGCCAGCCCUAGUUCAGAACACUAUCCAGGACCUCAUACAAGGGCUGGAUGAGCUUCUGGAGGCUCCUGGGGACUUGGAGAACCUGACCCGCCCAGAGAAGCACUGUGUGGCCACUGAGCUGCUUAGUGGCCUAGAGAAUGUCUUGAGAGGCUUGAGCAAGAUCCUGCCCACCAAGUCAUUGACCUUGAAUGCUCCUGGAGGCACAGAACUGUCUCUGAAGGUACAGGAGCGAGGAGUCGGGAAUGUUACCCUGAGCCAGGAUAACACGAGGAUGCUGCUGGACUGGGACACAGUACAGGAACCUAGUGACUCCGGGCCUUCUGUGGUGGGCCUGGUCUCCACUCCCGGAAUGGGCAAGUUAAUGGCUGGGGCGGCUCUGCAAGAGACACACAAGGGCUUGCUGUGGGGCGUCUCUCCUGGCUUGCUCUCAGACAUCAUCUCUGCCUUCCUGAGCAAGAAUGGCACCCAUAGCCUCAGCUCCCCAGUCACCUUCACAUUCUCCCACCAUCCAGUGACCCCUGGCCUGGGGCAAGAGGUCGUCUGUGCCUUCUUGGAACAUGAAAAAGGCAAAUGUGGUCACUGGGCCACCACAGGCUGCAGGACGGUGAUCACCAGGGAUGACAGCACCACCUGCAGCUGCACCCACCUCAGCAGCUUUGCCGUCCUCAUGGCCCACUAUGACACGCAGGAGGAGAACCCUGUGCUGACUGUGAUCACCUACGUGGGGCUGGGCCUCUCCCUGCUGUGCCUCCUCCUGGCAGCCCUCACCUUCCUCCUGUGCAAAGAUAUCCAGAACACCAGCACCUCCAUCCACCUGCAGCUCUCACUCUGCCUGUUCCUGGCCCACCUCCUCUUCCUCAUUGGGAUCGACCGAACUGAGCCCAAGAUGCUGUGCUCCAUCAUCGCGGGUGCCUUACACUACCUCUACCUGGCCGCCUUCACCUGGAUGUUUCUGGAAGGCCUGAACCUCUUCCUCACUGCCAGAAACCUGACAGUGGUCAACUACUCCAGUAUAAGCAGAUUCAUGAGGAAGCUCAUGUUCCCUGUCGGUUAUGGAGUCCCAGCCGUGAUUGUGGCCAUUUCUGCAGCAGCCAGACCUCAACUUUAUGGAACAUCUGCUCGCUGCUGGCUUCACACAGACAAAGGAUUUCUAUGGACCUUCCUUGGACCGGUCUGUGCCAUCGUCUCUGUAAAUUUGGUUUUCUUCCUGAUGACCAUCUGGAUUGUGGGAAACAAACUCACCUCCCUCAACAAGGAUGUCUCCACCCUCCAGAACACACGGAUGCUGACAUUUAAAGCAAUGUCUCAGCUCUUCAUCCUGGGAUGCACCUGGUGUCUGGGCAUCCUCCAGGUGGGCCCAGCUGCCCAGGUCAUGGCCUACCUCUUCACCAUCCUCAACAGCCUACAGGGUGUCUUCAUCUUCCUGGUCUACUGCCUCCUCAGGCAGCAGGUCCGGGAGCAAUACAGGAAAUGGUUCCGAGGGGUCAGAAAAUUGAGAGCAGAAUCUGAGAUGUACACUCUCUCCAGCAGAGUCCUGUCUGAUGCCUCCAAGCCUAACCUGGUAGGAUCUUCACAGAGCACUUUACUAACCUUCACCUUCCUCCUGUGCAAAGCCAUCCAGAACACCAGCACCUCCAUCCACCUGCAGCUCUCACUCUGCCCAUUCCUGGCCCACCUGCUCUUCCUCAUUGGAAUCGACCAAACUGAGCCCAAGGGCCUGAACCUCCUCCUCACUGCGAGAAACCUGACGGUGGUCAACUUCUCCAGUGUGAGCAGAUUCAUGAGGAAGCUCAUGUUCCCUGUGGGCUACGGAGUCCCGGCUGUGAUUGUGGCCAUUUCUGCAGCAGCCAGGCCUCACCUUUAUGGAACAUCUGCCCGGUAA